AGGCUACUGGGAGAAGAACCCCCCAGCCCCUCUCCAAGCCACGGUGCUGGACACCGAAGAGGGUACCUCCCCGUAUUGGAGUUCUACGUGUAGGAAUCGGGAGGGGAGCACAGAUAAUAAAAUAGAAUCCCGAAACCUCCAGAGACAACGAGUCACACAGGGAGUACCGCCAAUUCCGCGGAUUGAAGACGAAGAGCCGGCAAGUCACGAACAGCCACCAAGAAUGGCUGGCGGUUAUUUCGAUCUGCCCACCUCUUCCUCUACCAGGCGUUCAAGCCUUUCUGAUCCAUCCGGAGGACCCAGCGGAUCCUCCCCAGGGCCGCGUGUCUCAACCCCCCUGCCGACCCCCAAUGAGAGGCGGCAGGAGAGGUCGCCAGACUCCGGCGAAGCUCAGGGCAGGUAUCGGAAUGCAGGAAUCCUCAAGAGCGCGAAUCGGGUCAAAUUCACGGUCAGCGAGGCGGGCCUUGGCAACAGUCCCCUCGGAUCGACGUCAGAGACCCGGUGGGAGGGAAGGGGGUCACCACUGCCCCAAAGACCAUUGCCCACGGCGAGCAUUCCAUCGGCAGUCAGGGCGCCCCUCGACUCCCAAUCAGUGCCUGCGAUCGAUAUCAGCGCCGCUGCGCCGGCAGGUGUCACGGGCCUCACGGUCCACUCAGCAGCCAGCUCCACGGGGCUCACGGGCGAGGAUGAUGAAGUCAGAAAUGAGAAGGGGAGAGCUAUCCACUCCGCUCAAGAGAGAGCCCAGCGGCUGGCAUCCUUGCUGCACCGACCUUCUAAAUCCCCGACGCCCAGUUCCUGGUCCUGUCGGCGCCCAUCGAUCGCAUCAUUGAGUCCCACAGAGGUGGUGCUGCCGUCAGAAGAUGGGGAUGAGAUUCCUAUGAUCAGUCUUCCCGAGAAACAGCAUCUUGACGAAUACUCAGAAGACGAUGAAGUCGGCCCCCUGAACGCCCGACAAUCGACACGUACCUCCCAAGCUCACCAACUAGUCACGCAAAUGACUCGCCCUGAUUUCAGCUUCCUGACCAGGAUCCAGGGCCCUUCCCCUGGGCUCCGAUCCGGGCAGGUCACUCCCAUGGAGGACAGGGAUCCCGACCACUACGUCGAACGCCCAGCCCAUUACCGCGGCGGUAUCCUCUCCUCCUUACUCAAACUCUACGACCAGCCCGCGAACCACUACUCGCGGGCUCGCCAUGGCCGUUCCCAUAGCAUUGGAGAGCUCAGUGAUCACGGCUUGUCGCCGGUGCCGUCCUGGAAGUCCCAGCGGCCCCGGAAGUGGUACGAGAAGUCCCCUAACCACUCCAGCACCUCGCUGGCCGACUCAGCCAAGGACGCGACUACAUCCCCGAUCGCGAUGCUCAAGCGUUCGCGGAGCAGCGGGGCCAUCCCUACGGCGGCGCCCAAGCGGAUGGGCAAGCCGCAACUGGAGGACGAGAUCCGCAUCACCGUGCAGAUAGCGGAGCUGCUCUCGCGCCAACGGUAUCUGAUUCGGCUCUGCCGGGCUUUGAUGAAGUACGGGGCUCCCACCCAUCGGUUGGAGGAAUAUAUGAAGAUGACGGCCCGUGUAUUGGAGGUAGACGGCCAAUUCCUGUACAUACCUGGCUGUAUGAUCAUAUCCUUCGACGACACGUCGACUCAUACCACGGAAGUGCGUUUGGUGCGGAGCCACCAGGGAGUCGAUCUGGGGAGGCUCUGCGACGUGCAUUUGAUCUACAAGGAGGUGAUACACGACGUGAUUGGAGUGGAGGAAGCGAUUCAACGGUUGGACGAAAUCAUGAAGGACAACAACAAGUACCCAAUUCCGGUGGUCAUUCUAGUCUACGGAUGUGCCAGCGCUUGCGUCGGUCCGUUCGCGUUUAACGCUCGCCCCAUCGAUAUGCCCAUCGCCUUUCUCCUCGGAUCUCUCCUGGGUAUCCUGCAGCUUGUGCUUUCGCCCCGCUCCAACCUAUACUCGAACGUCUUUGAAAUCUCCGCCGCCGUCUUGACCUCUUUUUUGGCUCGGGCUUUUGGCAGUAUCCGGUACGGCGAUGGCCGGCUCUUCUGUUUCUCUGCCCUGGCUCAAUCUUCGAUUGCGCUGAUCCUUCCCGGAUACAUGGUGCUGUGCGCCAGCCUUGAACUGCAGUCCCGCAGCAUUGUCGCGGGAUCGGUUCGCAUGGUGUAUGCCAUUAUUUACUCCCUCUUCCUGGGGUUCGGCAUCACAAUUGGGACAGCCGUCUAUGGCUUGUUGGAUGACGAUGCGUCCUCGGACUACACUUGCCCCGCCAGCCCUAUCACCAACGAAUACCUCCAGCAUUUCCCCUUCGCCAUUCUUUUCACCUUUUGUCUUGCAGUCAUUAACCAAGCGAAGUGGCGGCAGAUGCCAAUGAUGUUAUUCAUCGCCUUCGCAGGCUACGUGACCAAUUAUUUUGGCACGAAGCGAUUCUAUUCCAGCAGCCAGAUCUCCAAUGCCCUGGGGGCUUUCGUCAUUGGGGUGAUGGGGAAUCUCUAUAGCCGACUCCGACAUGGCUUUGCUGCUGCCGCAAUGCUACCAGCCAUCUUCGUUCUUGUACCGUCUGGCCUUGCUGCCAGUGGAUCGCUGAUCUCAGGCAUCGCCGCCGCAGAACAGAUCACCACGGCGCCAACUGCGUUCUCUGUCGUCGCUAACGGAACACAGGGGUUCGUGGAUGCGGCGAAGAACAUGUCCAGCCCCUCGUACGAGCGCGAGUUCCACGGCGUGGUCCUGGACAUCGGUUACGGGAUGAUCCAGGUAGCCGUUGGGUUCACUGUCGGCUUGUUCUUAGCCGCGCUGGUUGUCUAUCCACUUGGAAAGAAGCGAAGUGGACUAUUCAGCUUCUAGUCUAGAUACAAGCUACACUUCGAUUCGACCGACCCUUCACUCCGUCUAUCCUUACCCAGCCUUUCGUUUCCCUCUAGCUCACUCUAGACAAUCCGGUCACCUCACUCACCCUUCCUUGCAUUGCUGCCUUGAAGCGAAUUGUCCUGUUCUUCAGCGUGGACUUCUUUAUG